CAGGACAGGUCGGGCGCCGCGGACGAGUGCGUGCUGUCUCCGCCACUGGGCUCGGCCAGGGCUGUGGAGCACGCCUCGCGGAAUCGUGUGGCCGCGUGCCUCUUGGCCGGCGGGGGGCGGCGCCGUGCUCCUCCUGGGCCUCGGCGGCCGUGACAGGUGCGCGGGGGCCGACCCGCCCUCCGCCGCUGGCCGCGGGCUGGGAUGAGCGGCGGGCUCCGGCCGGGCGGCUGCUGCGCUCGGCGCGCUUCGCAGCCACUGACCUCGCGGGAGAGCGGUCGCCGCCCCUGAGGAGGAGAAGCCUGCUCCGGCGACCUCGGGCAUGAGCUGAGAUCGCGCCGACAUGAACCUGCACCAGGUGCUGACCGGCGCGGUGAACCCCGGCGACCACUGCUUCUCGGUGGGCAGCGUCGGCGAGCGGCGCUUCACGGCUUAUGCAUCUGGAUGUGACAUUGUAAUACUGGGAAGUGAUUUUGAAAGACUGCAAAUAAUCCCAGGAGCUAAACAUGGAAACAUUCAAGUGGGAUGUGUAGACUGUUCCAUGCAGCAAGGCAAGAUUGCAGCAUCCUAUGGAAAUAUUAUCUCCGUUUUUGAACCAGUUAAUCUACCGAAACAAAAGAAAAAUUUGGAAUUGGAUAGUCAGUGGCAAAAAACUGGCCAAUUUUUUCUGGACUCAAUAGCACAUAAUAUAACUUGGGAUCCUACAGGUAGUCGUCUUUUAACUGGUUCAAGUUGUUUGCAACUCUGGUCUAAUACUAAUUUAAAGAAGCCAAAAGAAGAUGAACAUUUAGAUAAAACAGAUCUUAACUUUGGAGAUUGGAAAUGCAUUUGGCAUUGCAAAACUGCUUCCCAAGUCCAUUUGAUGAAAUUUUCACCAGAUGGAGAAUUUUUUGCCACUGCUGGGAAGGAUGACUGUCUUUUAAAGGUGUGGUAUAAUGUAGAAAACUGGCGGACAGCUGUUACCACUCCCGAUACAAAUUCAGACAAACAAUCCCAAGGAGAAAUUGACUUUUCAUUUGUAUAUUUGGCCCAUCCUCGAGCUGUAAAUGGAUUUUCCUGGCGUAAAACAAGCAAAUAUAUGCCUAGGGCUUCUGUAUGUAAUGUACUAUUGACUUGCUGCAAAGAUAAUGUGUGCCGUCUUUGGGUAGAGACAUUUUUGCCAAAUGACUUUUUGCUGUAUGGAGGUGACUGCAACCAUUGGCCUGAACAAAUUAAUUUAACAGAUAAUUUCAAGAGAAAUGCUUCUAGUAAAGAACGUGUUCAAAAUGCUCUAGAGGUAAACCUCAGACAUUUUCGUAGAGGCCGGAGGAGAUCACUGGCACUUGUUGCACAUACGGGCUACCUGCCUCAUCAGCAGGACCCUCAUCACGUUCACAGGAACACUCCACUGCAUGCCAAUGCACUCUGCCACUUUCACAUUGCAGCCAGCAUUAACCCAGCGACAGAUAUUCCACUUCUUCCAUCUAUUACAUCUCUGAGUUUAAGUGAAAAUGAAGAAAAGAAUGGGCCUUUUGUGGUACAUUGGUUAAACAAUAAAGAGCUACAUUUUACUUUGUCCAUGGAAGUCUUUAUACAGCAACUUAGAAAAAGUUUUGAACAGUCAUCUUCUGAAGCCAGUGUAGAAGACUCUAACCAGGCAGAUGUAAAAUCAGAUGAAGAAAUCGAUGAUGGUGUUGAUGAUCUGAAAGUAAAUCAUGAAAAGAAGGAAUUGGGUAGAGACAAAAUGGUACCAAACUCAAGCUUUGCACCAUUACCAUCAGCUGCCAUUGAUCAUCAGAUUGAAGUGCUUCUGUCUGAAUGGAGUAAAAAUGCAGAUAUGCUUUUCAGUAUUCAUCCCAUGGAUGGGUCUUUACUAGUGUGGCAUGUAGAUUGGCUGGAUGAGUACCAGCCUGGUAUGUUUCGUCAAGUACAGGUGUCUUUUGUUUCCAGAAUUCCUGUAGCCUUCCCUACAGGUGAUGCAAACUCUCUCUGUAAAAGCAUUGUAAUGUACGCCUGUACCAAGAAUGUUGACUUGGCUAUCCAGCAAGGGAAACAAAAACCUUCUGGCCUCACUCGUUCUACAUCAAUGCUUAUCUCGUCUGGUCACAGUAAAUCAUCUAAUAGUUUAAAAUUAAGUAUUUUUACUCCUAAUGUUAUGAUGAUUUCAAAGCAUGCGGAUGGUUCUCUGAAUCAAUGGCUGGUCAGUUUUGCUGAGGAAUCUGCUUUUUCUACAGUUCUUAGUAUUUCUCACAAAUCUAGAUAUUGUGGUCAUCGUUUUCAUCUUAACGAUUUAGCUUGCCACUCAGUAUUACCAUUAUUACUGACAACGUCACACCAUAACACAUUAAGGACACCAGAUGUCGAUAAUCAAAAGCAACCUCAUGAUACCAUAAAUAUUGAAGAAUGUUCUGUGACACAACAAAAUAAAAGCACCAUUAAUAUGGUGUUUCAGGAUCCCAAUGCCGUUUAUAGUGAGCUUAUUCUUUGGAGGGUUGACCCAGUUGGGCCCUUGUCUUUUUCUGGAGGAGUGUCUGAGCUUGCCCGGAUUAAUUCUCUUCAUGUUUCUGCAUUUUCUAAUGUGGCGUGGCUCCCUACUCUUAUACCCAGUUACUGUCUAGGUGCAUACUGCAACUCUCCAAGUGCGUGCUUUGUAGCUAGUGAUGGACAGUAUCUGAGGUUAUAUGAAGCAGUUAUUGAUGCCAAGAAACUUUUAUAUGAGCUUUCAAACCCUGAAAUUUCUAAAUAUGUUGGUGAAGUGUUUAACAUCGUCAGUCAACAAUCAACAGCCAGACCAGGAUGCAUUAUUGCAUUAGAUCCCAUUACCAAGCUUCAUGGCAGAAAAACUCAACUGCUUCAUGUUUUUCAAGAAGACUUCAUUUUGAAUAGCCUUGAAAAGAAGAGUCUGAGAAAAGACCAUAUUUUAUCCAAUGCAGGUAGCUCAUUUAAUGGAUUUUCUGAAAAGUUCUACUUAGUUGUAAUAGAGAGCACUCAAAACAAUCGUUCAUUGUUACACAUGUGGAAUUUACAUUUAAAAUCAAUUCCUGUGUCAUUGGAUGAAAAAAUAGAUGGAAAAAUAUCUGAAGCAGUUGGGCAGCCAGAAGAACAUUAUUCUUCUUCUCCAGAGAAGAUUCUGUCUCCUUUUUCACAGAAGUAUCAGACUUGUAGAGCAAAUCUUCAGAGUACCAGCAAGUUGUCUCUGUUUUCAGAAAUGGUGUAUAGCCAAGAGCUGCAUUUGCCAGAAGGAGUUGAGAUAAUAAGUGUUAAGCCAUCAGCAGGACAUCUGAGUUCUUCUUCCAUAUAUCCUGUAUGCAGUGCUCCUUAUUUAUUGGCAACUUCAUGCUCUGAUGAAAAAGUAAGGUUUUGGAGAUGCAGAGUAACAGAUGGAGAAUCUACCACAUCACAGAAUGCAAAAAUAGAUCUUGCAUACAUUUGGGAAGAAUGGCCAUUGCUUAUUGAAGAUGGACUCCAGAGUAAUAGUAGUAUAACUGUACCUGGUAGGCCUAUAGAAGUUAGUUGUGCACAUACAAAUCGCUUAGCUGUAGCUUAUAAGCAGACUGCAUUUAAUAGUAGAUCUUCUCAGGAGUUUGUGAUGCAUGUAAGUAUUUUUGAAUGUGAGUCCACAGGAGGUUCAUGUUGGGUUCUUGAGCAAACAAUUCAUUUAGAUGAAUUAAGCACAGUUUUGGAUUCUGGCAUUAGUAUUGAUAGCAAUUUAGUGGCCUAUAACAAACAAGAGGCAUAUUUGUUCAAUAAAGAAAGUAUUACAACCAACACAAAACAUUUAGUUCACUUGGACUGGAUGUCUAGAGAAGAUGGUUCUCAUAUCUUGACUGUUGGAAUUGGGUCAAAACUUUUUAUGUAUGGACCUCUAUUUGGCAAGUUACAAGAACAGACUACUAAGGAAGGCCUGGCUUUUCCUCUCUGGGAGAGUACUAAAGUUGUGCCUCAUUCUAAAUUUGUGUUAUUACGAAGUGUGGAUUUGGUUUCUUCUGUAGAAGGCUCCCCACCUUUUCCUGUGUCUUUAUCGUGGGUCCGGGAUGGCAUCCUUGUGGUAGGAAUGGAUUGUGAAAUGCAUGUGUAUUCCCAAUGGCAGCCAUCUUCAAAACAGGAACUUGUUACAACAGAUUCAUAUAAUGGGAGCACUCCUUCAAUACUAAGUUUAAUAAAACAGAGUAACUCAUCAAGUUCUGGGUUACAUCCUCCCAAAAAAACUUUGACUCGAUCCAUGACUAGUCUUGCACAAAAAAUCUGUGGAAAGAAAACUGCAUUUGAUCCUUCAGUGGAUAUGGAAGAUUCAGGUCUUUUUGAAGCAGCUCAUAUGCUUUCCCCAACUUUACCUCAGUACCAUCCUUUGCAACUUUUGGAACUCAUGGAUCUUGGCAAAGUUCGGAGAGCAAAGGCCAUCUUGUCACAUCUUGUCAAGUGCAUUGCUGGGGAAAUUGUGGCUCUGAAUGAUGCUGAAUCCAAUCAUGAACGCCGCCUGAGGUCUCUUACCAUCAGUGCUAGUGGAAGCACUACCAGGGAUCCCCAGGCAUUCAACAAAGCUGAGAAUACAGAUUACACAGAAAUAGAUUCUGUUCCUCCACUUCCUUUAUAUGCUUUACUUGCCGCAGAUGAUGAUAGCUAUUACUCAUCUUUGGAGAAAUCUAGUAAUGACAGUUCUCUAAAUAAAUCAAACCUAUUGUCAAAAGAGAGUUAUGAUGAAUUGUUUCAGACUUCAUCUCUGGUGCCUGAUGUUCAAGAGUUAGAGACAGAUGAAGAAAAUACGAAGCCUAAAGUUAUUGACCUUUCACAGUACAGUCCAACUUAUUUUGGACCUGAACAUGCUCAAGUUCUUUCCAGCCACUUACUUCAUUCUAGUUUGCCAGGACUCAGUCGAAUGGAACAGAUGUCUUUGAUGGCAUUGGCAGAUACAAUCGCAACUACAAGUACUGAUAUUGGAGAAAGCAGAGACAGAAACCAAGGAGGGGAAACUCUCGAUGAAUGUGGGUUAAAAUUUCUUCUGGCUGUUCGACUGCAUACCUUCCUUACAACUUCCCUUCCAGGCUAUCGAGCUCAACUACUUCACCAAGGCCUGUCUACUAGUCAUUUUGCUUGGGCAUUUCACUCAGUGGCAGAAGAAGAGCUGCUGAGCAUGUUGCCAGCACUGCAGAAGGAUGACCCCACUUGGUCCGAACUGAAAGCUAUGGGAGUGGGGUGGUGGGUCCGGAAUACUCGUAUCUUACGCAAAUGCAUGGAAAAAGUGGCCAAAGCAGCAUUUUAUAGAAAGAGUGAUCCUUUGGAUGCUGCCAUUUUUUACCUUGCAAUGAAAAAGAAAGCUGUGAUUUGGGGGUUAUAUAGAUCUCAAAAAGACACCAGAAUGACACAGUUUUUUGGACACAAUUUUGAGGAGGAGAGAUGGCGUAAAGCAGCUUUAAAGAAUGCUUUUUCUUUGCUCGGCAAACAAAGAUUUGAACAUUCUGCAGCAUUUUUUCUUUUAGCUGGUUGCCUCGGAGAUGCAAUUGAGGUAUGCCUUGAGAAACUGAAUGACAUUCAGUUGGCUCUGGUAAUAGCAAGACUCUAUGAGUCUGAAUUUGAUACAUCUGCAACAUACAAAUCUAUUUUAUGUAAAAAAGUUCUGGGAAUUGAUUCUCCUGUCAGUGCACCCAGUUCAUUGAGCAUAAAUAUGCAUUAUGAUCCUUUCCUUCGGAGUAUGGCAUAUUGGAUUUUGGAAGAUUAUAGUGGUGCUCUGGAAACAUUAAUAAAGCAACCUGUCAGAGAAGAUGACGAUCAAGUCAUGAUGUCAACUUGUAGUCCUGCAGUUUUUAAUUUUUACAAUUAUCUACGAACUCAUCCUCUUUUACUGAGACGUCAUUUUGGAUCAUCUGAUACAUUUUCCACACACAUGAGCUUAACAGGAAAAAGUGGACUGGCAGGAACAAUUAACUUAAGUGAAAGAAGAUUAUUUUUUACUACUGCUAGUGCUCAUCUAAAAGCUGGCUGCCCCAUGUUGGCUUUGGAAGUAUUAUUGAAGAUGCCCAAAGUCAUCAAGAAAACCAAACCUCUUUGUAGAGCAUCUAGUUUUCUGGAUACUAGUAAAGAUGCUUCUCCACUAAAAUUGGAUACAAGGGAAGAUAAGUCCUCUGCUGUUGAUUGGUCACAGUCUUUUAUGAAUGGUUUUGAAUCUUCUUCCGAGGGUUCCUCAGAGAAGCAAUCAAAUUCUACCCUUUCUUUUGACUGGAGCCAACCAAGUAUAGUAUUUCAAGAUGAUUCUUUAGAGUUAAAAUGGGAUAGUGAUAAUGAAGAAAAUGAAGAUCUUCCUAUUUCAAUGAAAGAACUAAAAUCUUUACCAAGAAAAAUAGAUAAAAAGUUAGAUGAAAUAAGUAAUUAUACUGAACCUUUCAUCACACUAGAUGAAAGUGACAUUUUAAAUCCAGUAGAAGAUAUAAUUGCUGUGCAAUUGAAGUUCAGAGCAUGUUUAAAGAUUCUCACAGUAGAACUACGUACUUUAUCUACUGGCUAUGAAAUAGACGGUGGCAAGUUGCGUUACCAACUGUACCACUGGCUUGAAAAAGAGGUGAUAGCUCUUCAAAGGACCUGUGACUUUUGUCCAGAUGCUGAAGAACAGGCCACACAUGGCAAAAGUGGGGAUGAAUUUGGAUCGAAUGAGAAUGUUGAUGAUUUCUAUCACCACACAAAAGGAAAACAGCAGAGAGAAAUCUUUCAGGAAAAAAGACAAUGGCUCUUGAAAUAUCAGUCCCUAUUGAGAAUGUUUCUUAGUUAUUGCAUACUUCAUGGUUCCCAUGGUGGAGGCCUUGCAUCUGUACGAAUGGAAUUGAUUUUGCUUUUACAAGAAUCACAGCAGGAAACAUCAGAACUGUUACUUCCUACCCCACUGUCAGAACAAACCUCAGUGCCUCUCCUCUUUGCUUGUACAGCCAGUGCCAAAACAGUUGUUGCCAAUCCAUUAUUACAUCUCAGUAAUCUAACACAUGAUAUUCUACAUGCCAUAAUAAACUUUGAUUCACCACCUCAUCCUGACAGCAAAAGCAAUAAAGUAUAUGUAAUGCACACAUUAGCAGCCUCACUUUCUGCUUGUAUUUAUCAGUGCCUUUGUGGCAGUCAUAACUACAGUGCAUUUGCAACAAAUCAGUUUACUGGAAUGGUGUAUGAAACAGUACUCCUUCCCCAUCGGCAUUCUUUGAGAACAGGGAGUUUAGAUGAAGCAGUAACUCCCAAUACAUCACCAGCACAAUGGCCAGGAAUAACUUGUCUGAUUAGACUUUUGAAUUCUUCUGGUGAGGAAGCCCAAUCAGGACUUACAGUCUUGCUUUGUGAGAUUCUCACAGCAGUGUACCUUAGUCUCUUCAUCCAUGGCCUGGCAACACAUUCUAGUAAUGAAUUGUUUCGCAUUGUGGCCCAUCCUUUAAAUGAAAAAAUGUGGUCUGCUGUAUUUGGUGGAGGUGCACAUAUUCCUAUCAAAGAGCAGACACAUUCAAAAACUUUACCUGUUUCUUCACUAAUUGAAGGAGGAGAAAAACAGAACAAACGUUUUAGGUCAUCAAAAAUAUCUGGCAAAGAAUCUGUCCCAAUUACCUCUUCACCACCAGUAAAUCAGGAGUCCCUGGCAGUCAAAGAGAAAUUCAUCCCACCUGAGCUCAGUAUCUGGGACUAUUUCAUAGCCAAGCCUUUUUUACCUCCUUCCCAUAGAGCAGAAUAUGACUCGGAGGAGAGUCUGGAAAGCGAUGGUGGGGAUGAUGAUGAUGGUGAUGAUGAUGUUGAUGUUGCAGCCUCAGAUUUCCAUCUCCAAGAGCAUUCUAACUCAAAUUCAUAUAGUUGGUCAUUGAUGCGGUUGGCGAUGGUACAAUUGGUGCUCAACAAUUUGAAAACCUUCUAUCCUUUUGCAGGUCAUGAUCUUGCAGAGCUUCCAGUUAGUUCCCCUCUCUGUCACGCCAUUCUAAAAACUCUUCAAUGUUGGGAACAAGUUCUUCUUCGACAACUUGAAAUCCAUGGUGGACCACCUCAAAAUUAUAUCUCAGGUCAUACCUCUGAAGAGAGUUCAUCUGCAGGUCCUGCAAUUCUCCGCCACAAGGCUUUAUUGGAGCCUACAAACACUCCUUUCAAAUCCAAACAUCAUCUGGCACUGUCUGUAAAGAGGCUUUGGCAAUAUUUGGUGAAGCAAGAGGAAAUUCAAGAAACUUUUAUCAGAAAUAUAUUCACAAAGAAACGAUGUCUCAAUGAGUCAUUAGGGGACAGCAGUGAAGCCAUCAAAAAUUCUAUGAUGGAGAAGCCAAACAUCAACAAGAUAGAAGCAGAUUUGGGCUAUCCUGGAGGUAAAGCAAGAAUUAUUCAUAAGGAAUCUGAUAUUAUCACUGCCUUUGCUGUUAAUAAAGCCAAUAGAAAUUGCAUAGCAAUUGCUUCCAGCCAUGAUGUUCAAGAACUGGAUGUUUCCGGAAUCCUGGCUACACAGAUCUAUACUUGGGUAGAUGAUGAUAUAGAAUUGGAAACAAAAGGUUAUCUAGUAGCUGUUGGAGCUAGCUUGCAUGAUCUGACUGGAGCUCAAGAUGGGAGUGUCAGAAUGUUUGAAUGGGGCCAUUCUCAACAAAUAGCCUGUUUUCGAUCUGGUGGUAAUUCAAGGGUUACAAGAAUGAGAUUUAACUAUCAAGGAAAUAAGUUUGGGAUAGUUGAUGCUGAUGGAUAUUUAAGUUUGUAUCAAACAAACUGGAAAUGCUGUCCUGUUACUGGGAGCAUGCCUAAGCCAUAUCUGACUUGGCAGUGUCACAACAAAACAGCCAAUGAUUUUGUCUUCGUUAGUUCCUCCUCUCUGAUAGCAACAGCUGGUCUUUCAACUGACAAUAGAAACAUAUGUUUGUGGGAUACACUUGUAGCACCCUCAAAUAGUUUAGUACAUGCUUUUACCUGCCACGAUAGUGGAGCUACAGUUUUGGCAUAUGCUCCCAAACAUCAGUUGUUAUUAUCAGGUGGCAGAAAAGGAUUCACCUGUGUAUUUGAUCUUCUGCAAAAACAACAGAGGCAGCUUUUUCAGAGCCAUGAUUCCCCUGUUAAAGCCAUUGCUAUUGAUCCAACUGAAGAGUACUUUGUCACAGGAUCUGCAGAAGGCAAUAUAAAGAUCUGGAGUCUUGCCACCUUUAGUCUUCUGCACACUUUUAUCAAUGAACAUGCUCGGCAGUCCAUUUUUAGGAAUAUUGGAACUGGAGUGAUGCAGAUUGAGACAGGACCAGCAAAUCAUAUUUUUUCUUGUGGAGCUGAUGGAACAAUGAAGAUGAGAAUACUGCCAGAUCAGUUCAGCCCAUUACAUGAAGUGUUAAAAAAUGAUGUGAAAUUCAUGCUGUAAUAUUUUUACUAGAAAACAUACAGUUUAUUAUCCUUUUGAAGGAAGUGGCCAACAGAUAUAUAGUAAUCACUCUAUACCACAAAUAAGCUGAUGCUUUGUUUUCAUAUUUACUUACGGAGCUUUACCCUCAUUGAUGCACUGAUGCCUUAAAAAUUAACAAAAUCAUUCAUAAUUUUAUUAGAUCACCUAAAGUAGAAUUUGUAAGUAAUGCUGUAGUAAUACUUAUGUAUAGUAUCUUUUGAGUAUGUCAUAAUAUUAAAGUUUUGUUUUCUUAUUGUUUAUCAACUUUUCUGCAGAUAUCGCUGCAUGAAUUUCUUUAACAGUAAAAAUACCUUUUGAG